UUCACUUCUCUAAAGGAAAAACCAUGGACAUUUGGAUCAGUUAACAGGAUGCUUUUACUAUGUUAGGACACCAGCCUUUAGGAAACCUGCUCAUUUCAGAAUACAGGAAAAAGAUGAUGCAAGUUUUUUUUUUUGAAAUAUAAACAACAGGAUGCUCGAGGAUUACGCACAGAGAUCGCAGUAAUCCGUUUGGAAACGCAGGCGGCUGAGAGGAGCUUUAGGACCCGGUAAGUAAGGGGUCGGGUUGGAUUUUUUUUACUCCCUUGUCCCAGUGGAGAAAUGACUCCAAGGCUACCAUAAACACAGAUCUUGGCGCAUGCGCAAACUCCACCGCUGCUCCAUCCUGUGGAGGAGCGAACGCGCAGCUUUACCUCCUUAAAGGCGCCGCCGGUUGACAGGAGAGCUUCAGGGAAACGCGCGACUUCCUUUCAAUGUUUUUUUUCUUUUUAUGAAAGUUUUAGAAAAAGACAAGGCGCUCAUAUUUCGGGAGUCUGAAUCUGAUAUUUCUCCUUUUGGGUUGUGUGAGCCCCUUGAGGACCAGAAUCUCUCUUAAAGACGCGGAAACCACAACCGUCCGGACUGUGAUCCACCGAUGCGCGUCCGUUCGUGGGCAUUCCUGGACUCAGGAGAGAUGAGGAUGAUCCAGCCUGAAGUUUCCUGCGCGGGACAGUGCCUGUUCUAUGAGUGGGGGGAUUCGGACGCCACUCCUCGCAGUUAAAUUGGGCUCGCACCUCAACAAUUAUGUCAAAAGUCAUUCAAAGGAAGAACCACUGGAUCACCAAAGUGAACGAGUGCGCGGUCAGCUGGGACGCAAACGGGGAGCUGAACGUGGAUCUGCGCGGAGGCGCGGAGAAUGGAGAGUUUCCAUACAUCGGACACAUCCGGGAGGAUGCUGUGGUUUAUCAGGACGGUAAAGUGUGUGAGGGGGAGCUGCUGCUGGAAGUCAACGGGCUGGCCGUGCCUGGAUUACCACUUUAUGACAUUUUUGGUGUGAUCAACUACUCCAAUGGUCCGGUCAGGUUAAAAACUGUGCGUCAAGGUCAUAAGUUGAGCAAGGACCUGAAGCACUUCCUGAGCUUGAGGUUUCAGAAGUCGUCACCUGACCAUGAGCUGCAGAAAACUAUCCGAGCCAAUCUUUAUCGUCACGCAGUGCCUUGUACAACUCGCCCCCCUCGAGACGGGGAGGUCCCAGGGGUGGAUUACAACUUCCUGUCUGUAGAAGACUUCCUACAAUUGGAGGACAGUGGGACACUACUAGAAGUAGGAACUUAUGAAGGUAACUAUUAUGGGACCCCCAAGCCGCCAAGGCAGCCCAUCAUUGGGACUGUGACUCUCAAUGAUGCAGGCUCCUAUCGGUCCACCCCGAAACGCACAAAGUCCUACAAUGACAUGCAAAACGCCCGCGUAGUGCCUGCUGAUGAGGAUGAUGACGAUCAGGCCACGGAAAUGAACAACAGUUUUACAGGAUCCUUAGUGCGUAGCCUCUUUCCCUCUCCUUUGCUGUGCACAGGAAACCCUAACGACCAGGAAGAGAGCCGUGGCGGCAUCCUACGGCCAUACCCCGCACGUGACAAUGUUCUAUCCUGUGGUCUGAACAAUGCAGCCGCCUCCACAGCAGAAAGUGGGCAGCAGACGCUUGCAGAACCACAGGUCUCUCCAGAGGACCCACUGGGACCGCUACCUGAAAACUGGGAGAUGGCCUACACAGAGAACGGAGAACUUUACUUCAUAGACCACAACACAAAAACCACAUCAUGGCUGGAUCCCCGCUGCAGAGACAAAGCCUCCAGGCCUUUGGAGGAGUGUGAGGAUGAUGAAGAAGGGAUACAUACAGAAGACCUGGAGACUGAUUUAGAGUUGCCUCCAGGAUGGGAGAGAAUAGAUGACCCAGUGUACGGGGUAUAUUAUGUAGAUCAUAUAAACAGGAAGACCCAGUAUGAGAACCCAGUGGUGGAGGCGCGGCGCCAAAAAUUGCUGGAGCAGCACCAACAGCCGCAGCCUCCAGAAGGUGAGCGGUACAUUCGAGAGUGGAUAGAGGAGCACUCCUCUGCUGCAGCUCCAUUAGCAAACUAUGCUCCAAACCACCUGGAGACUUACAGGGACCCACAAGUCCCUCCGGCUCUUCCCCCCGGCCCUGCAGGAGUCAAAAGAGGAAAACCGUUCUUCACACGAAAUCCUGCAGAGCUAAAAGGAACCUUUAUCAACACGAAGCUAAAGAAGAGCCGCAGAGGGUUCGGCUUCACUGUGGUUGGAGGUGACGAGCCGGACGAGUUUCUGCAGAUCAAAAGUCUGGUGCUGGACGGCCCUGCAGCGGUGGAUGGCAAGAUGGAGACAGGUGACGUGAUAGUCAGUGUGAAUGACACCAUCGUCCUGGGCUACACUCAUGCUCAGGUUGUGAAGAUCUUCCAGUCCAUUCCUAUCGGCUCCAUGGUGGACCUAACCUUAUGUCGGGGGUACCCGCUCCCCUUUGACCCGGAUGACCCUAACACCAGCCUUGUGACCUCAGUGGCAAUCUUGGAUAAGGAGCCAAUUAUCGUCAAUGGACAAGAGACGUUUGACUCUCCCGCCAAUCAGGCCGGACCCCUCAAUGGCCUGCGUGAGCCACGAUCACACAGUCCCUCGGCUGAUGUAGCAUCCGACGGCUCGCACGGCUACUCCACCGAUGUGGUCACGCUGGCCUCGGCCAUAGCCACCCAGCCUGAGCUGAUCACCAUCCACAUGGAGAAGGGGGACAAAGGUUUUGGCUUCACCAUUGCAGACAGCCUAACAGGAGGAGGGCAGAGGGUGAAACAGAUCGUGGACUAUCCAAGAUGUCGCGGCCUGAAAGAGGGGGACAUUUUGAUGGAGGUGAACAAGAGAAAUGUCCAAAACAUGAGUCACAACCAGGUCGUGGAUCUACUGAGCAAAUGUCCCAGAGGAAGCGAGGUCACCAUGCUGGUUCAAAGAGGAGUGGUGCCAGCUAAGCGGAGCCCAAAGCUGGUGCACCAGUUAGAAAGAAAAGACAGCCAGAACAGCUCCCAGCACAGUGUGUGCAGCCAUCGCAGCGCCCACACUGAUUCUCCCAGCCACCCACCCUCUGCCAUGCCCAGCGAGGCGGUGGUGCCCACUCCGGCUGCCCCCACCCAGCCUCUUCCAGGUCUGCCCCCCCAGGAGCCUGUGGAUGGCACGCUCACCCUCCAGAAGAAGCCAGACCCCUUUAAAAUCUGGGCGCAGUCCAGGAGCAUGUACGAGAGUCGACUACCAGAUUGCCAAGAACAAGACAUUUUUCUUUGGCGGAAGGAUACAGGAUUCGGUUUUCGCAUUUUAGGGGGAAAUGAGCCUGGAGAACCUAUCUACAUAGGGCAUAUAGUGAAAUAUGGGGCUGCAGAUGAAGAUGGGCGCCUUCGGUCGGGGGAUGAGCUCAUCUGUGUGGACGGCACAGCGGUCGUUGGCAAGUCGCACCAGCUGGUGGUGCAGCUGAUGCAGCAGGCCGCCAAGCAGGGCCAUGUCAACCUCACUGUCAGACGCAAGACCCCUGGAUACGGAGUGUCAAAAGGAGAAGGUGACGUCCCCCCUUCGCCGGCAUCGUCCCACCACAGCAGCACCCAGGCGCCUAGUCUGACGGAGGGCAAGCGGACCCCUCAGGGGAGUCAGAACUCCCUAAACACUGUCAGCUCUGGGAGCGGCUCUACCAGCGGUAUAGGCAGUGGCGGUGGAGGGGGCAGUGGAAGUGCAGUGGUGCCCGCCUCGCUUCAACCGUAUGAUGUAGAGAUCCAAAGAGGAGAGAACGAGGGAUUUGGAUUUGUCAUUGUCUCAUCGGUUUCCAGGCCUGAUGCAGGAACCACUUUCGCUGGAAAUGCUUGUGUGGCAAUGCCCCACAAAAUAGGCCGCAUCAUCGAGGGAAGCCCAGCAGACCGCUGCGGGAAGCUGAAGGUCGGGGACAGAAUACUGGCUGUUAAUGGCUGCUCCAUCACCAACAAGUCACACUCGGACAUUGUCAACCUCAUCAAAGAAGCUGGAAACACAGUCUCGCUAAGGAUCAUCCCUGGCGAUGAAUCUUCCAAUGCGUCUCUGCUGACCAAUGCAGAAAAGAUCGCUACCAUCACCACCACACACAACCCACAGAUCACAGAGUCCAGAAAUAAUCCAAAGUUAAAAGGAGCCCCUCCACCACCUCCAUCACAAAUUCAGAACACGCAGGAUGCAGAGUUCUACUCUGUGGACCUUGAGAGGGAUAAUAAAGGCUUUGGCUUCAGCUUAAGAGGAGGGUGGGAGUAUAAUAUGGACCUUUAUGUGCUAAGACUCGCAGAGGAUGGGGCCGCUGUCAGAAAUGGCAAGAUGAGGGUGGGAGAUGAGAUCCUGGAGAUUAAUGGUGAGACCACAAAGAACAUGAAGCAUUCACGUGCCAUCGAACUGAUAAAGAAUGGCGGUCGGAGGGCACGGCUUGUGCUCAAACGAGGUGAUGGAUCUGUACCUGAAUAUGACAGCAGCAGUGACGGGUACCCUUCCACAUCCAGGGCACAAAACACUCCGGAAGUGAGAUUUCUGCCACCCAACAGCCGAUAUUACACCUCAUUGGAGUCCAGCUAUCAACCAGAUCUUCACAAACAUUCACGCCUGGAGGAGUCUGCACGUGGCAGAGACAUGGACAGAAACCGGGACAAGUUUGCGUCAGAAGAGAUGGACUACCAAGACCGACAAUUUAACCUCCAUCCCCAUCACACCUGGAAUAACAGUCACAGUCAAAGUAUCCCUAGACAGCAGUCUCCCAACAGUAAUGGCAGUAGCAACGGUGACAAGAAGAGCCGAGGCCGUAAAGUCAAGAAGUCUGAGUCAGAGAGCGGCAUCUCCAAACUCCUCAAGACUCUGAGGAAAGACAGUUCAGGAAAAAAGGCUGCAGCUGCCGAGAGGCUCAGGGGGAAGGAGCUCUCGAGCUCUACCUUAGACGGGAGCUUCCAUUCACAGCGUCGCGGCUCUCUCGACCGCUCACCUACCAGGAAGCGCACCUCGUCUCCAGAUCGACGACGGGCAAAAUCUAUGGAUCGCAGGGCCGACCGAUCUCAUCGUGACCACACACCUGAGAGGGAGCAGGACGACGGCGGGUUCCUCUCCGUCACACCUGAACGGAAGUUCUACGAACGGAGGCUCCUCAAGGACUCUCAGAUGCCUGAGCGAGUCAGCAGGGCUACACCCCCAGAGUGCACCAACAACGGGGAUUCCUCGUCUCUCAACAGGGGGCGAACGUAUGACAGAGCCAGGAAGAACGGGAAUCUCCUGAGAGACUCCUCCGCAGAAAGGCAUCGGACGAACGGGACGAUGGAGAGACGAUACAAAGUGGAGCGGGACUCUUCCCCUGACAGCAACUACAGCCGCGAUGAGCUGAACUAUGCAGCAGCACCGAGACUGAAUGACUACUACAGCAUGAUGAAGAACAACGCUGCACACAACAAUGCUGCUGGAAACAACACAAGAUACAAGAAUAAUGCAGUGGGCCGCAGCUCAAACCACAUCCCCGAGCCUAAAAGAAAGUUGUACAAAGAAAGCCCAAAAGACCUCAGCAUCUAGAGCAGAGGUUCCCCUCACCGCCCUGUCCUCUGUCAGUGCAAGCUGUGUACCAUACACUGGUUUAUUAGUUUAACUAUUUUGAUCCCAUUCUGAGAUUCUUAAAACAGCAGAAGUACAAUCCUUCUAUCAGUUUAUACUGGUUGUUUUGUCAUUGUUCUAGUUAUUUUGAACAUAAAAAAAGUUUUGGUUUUUUUGUAAUAUAGUAAAGGUAUUGUAUGUGCCUGCAUAUGAAAUCAGUGAUUUUGCUUUUGGAAGGCAUUGCAGACAUUGAAUAUGUGUUCCCUCAGAGGUCUGAGCCAUGCAUCGGUUUGUCGGUAGUUCUAACCUUGAGAACAUGUUUUUAGCUUAUUUGAAGAUAGCUUAUUUACUCCUCAGUUGCUUCACUGAACAAGCUAUAGCACAAGACACUAACAAAUAACAAUAACUGUGGAAAUCACAAGGACGUUGAAGCAAAAAUCACACUUCACAAAACUAUGUUGUGUUUGCUCGAUAUUUAUUUAUUUGUUUAAUUUGGCACAUUCUUUAAGCGAGCAACGUUAAAUCUAAACCUGAGUGGAAUUUUACUGCCCUUUACCCAAAAACCAUUGGCAUGAAUGAAAUUUGGAAACCAAGAACAGAAAAAAUAAUGUGAAUGGCAGUAUUGUUGUGUUAUCUCUUCUUUUUUAUUUAUUUAUUUUUUUAAUCAGUCAUUGUGGUCUCUUAAAAAUGACCCCCAAUGCACUUCUGUGUAUUAAUAUUGUCUGAUGGAUCUCCCCUUUUGGCAAAAGUGUUCUCUGAUGAGGGAAAAUGAGUUGCUGGUCAUCCAACUCACUUAUUUCAACAAGUGUGCAUUAUGCCAUAAUACCAGCUGAAGCUGCCAUAGUGGAUGACUUUUAAACAUCCGAUAAAUGAAUACAAGAAAAGAAAAAGUGUAAAUUGUCCCAAGAUGCAUGUGUAAAAUAUUCAGUGUAGUGUAACCACUUUAUUUGGCAGGUCUGAGGGAGAAUAAUCAGCAAGGAACACACAAAGUAAUCCCGCAGAAACUAAUCCCUAAAAUUGAUUAUACUUCGAUUCAUUGACUGACCACCUCCUGGGUCCUGAUCUAAAGAGCUGAUGUGGUUUGUUGCAGAACAGUCCUGCUACAGGUGGACAAUUAAUCUGCUGUGCUGAGCCAUGUUGUUAUGCCACUGGAGUCUGACUGCUGCUUUUUAAUGUGUUUUGUUUGUUUGUUUUUUCCAUUGAGAACUACAAAUAUAAUGGAGAAUUCACACCAAACUCACUGGUUCAUCACUUUUGCCACUGUACUACUGUAGUCAUUAAGAACUGAAAAAAAAGAAAUCAUAUGAAGAAGUUGGCUAUCACCUGUAAAGAAUAUCCCCAAUAUAACUACUAGAAAGCUGUCGAGGAAUGAAGUGUUGCCUUUUUCUUGUACAAAAGAGAAAUUUAUGAAAAAACCUCGUCGGUGAGGAAUGUGAUAUUGUGUUUAUAUUUCAGAAAUGGACCUGAUGAUUUAUGAGAAAUAUGUUGAUUUACUCUGGAUCAGGUAUGCAAAGACAUUUUAAAAUGAGACUUUAUUUGGUCAGUCAGAAACUGUUGGUUUGACUCUGUCAGUGGUUAGCCUGCCUUUGUAUUAUAAAGCACUUGUAUGCAGUCUGUGUUCUUCAAGCAUUAUUUCUUGCUAUGUGCUCCAGACAUAAUGCUGUCUCUGUGUUGAUAAAAAGCAGUACAUGUAUAUGGGCCAAUCUUUUUUAUAUAACUAUGCAUAUAUAAAUACUACAUUGUUCAUAGCUUUAUUUGACCCAUGAAGCUACACAUAACAUUAGUCAAAGUACAAGUAGAUGUGGACUUAUCCAGCUUCUUUCCUUGAGAUGGAUUACAAUGUAUAUGUAGCUAUCAAAAAAAAAGUCUGUGAAUGCUAUUUUUAUUAUCAAAUAAAGUUUUCCAUACAAAACUCAAAAAA